CAAAAACAUAAUGAUAUCAAGAUGUUUGGAAUUUUUGGCAUGGGUGGUGUGGGAAAAACAACCCUUGCCAAAGCCAUUUACAACUUGAGUUUUCAAAAGUUUAAAAGUUGUUGCUUUAUCGCAAACAUUAGAUCACAAGCUUCGGAUGGGUACAAUGGUUUAGUUCGUCUACAAGAGACACUUCUUUGCAAAACACUUAAUAGAAAGAAACUUGAAAUAAAAAAUGUUGAUGAAGGAAUAAGUUUGAUAAAACAAAGACUGCGAUCAAAAAGUGUUCUUAUUGUUCUUGAUGACAUAGACGAUACGUGUCAACUAGAAUCAUUAGCAGGGCAACGGAAUUGGUUUGGUUCAGGGAGCACAAUUAUAAUAACAACUAGAGAUGUUCAAUUGUUGAGUGAUCUGGAAGCACAUGAGAAGUACAUGGUAGAAAAGUUAAGCCAUGAUGAAUCCUUGCAACUCUUGAGUUGGCAUGCAUUUGGUGUUCCUAUACCAUUUGAGGAGUAUGUUGAACUAUCCCAAUGGAUAGCAAGAUAUACUGUUGGACUUCCAUUAGCACUUACAGUUAUAGGUUCUCAUUUGCGUGGAAGAUCCGUGCAAGAGUGGAGAGACAAUGUUGAGAAAUUAAGAAGAACGCCUAAUGAUAAAGUUCAAAAUAUUCUUAAAAUAAGCUAUGAUGCACUUGAUGAAGAUACUAAGAAUAUCUUUCUUGAUAUUGCUUAUUUUUUCAUUGGGCAUGACAAAAACGACACUUCUAUGAUAUUGGAAGCUUGUGGUUUUUAUGCUAAAAUUGGAAUUAAAACUUUGAUAGAAAGAUGCUUGUUGACAAUAGAUGGACGUGGAGAGUCUGGAAUGCUUCAGAUGCAUGAUUUAGUACGAGAUAUGGGAAGAGAAAUUGUUCGAAAGGAAUCCCCACGAGAGCCGGGCAAACAAAGUAGAUUGAUUGACCCAGAUGAUGUCUUUGAUGUUCUUCACAGGAACAAGGGCACAGAAGCAAUUGAAGGGAUGAUUGUAAAUACUUACAUGUUAAAGAAUGUGCUUUUGAGUACUCAAGUAUUCAAAAGGAUGGUAAAGUUGCGAAUACUCAUAUUGGAUGGUAUGUGUCUCAGCGGAUCUUUUAAAUAUUUAUCCAAUGAGCUUAGGUUGCUUAGAUUACACAAUUGCCAAUUGAAGUGCAUACCAUCUAAUUUUCGCUGUGAGAAACUUGUUGUGUUAGACAUGAAAGGUAGCAAUAUCAAAGAAUUCCAAUGCAAUAUGCAGCAUUUUAGAUGCUUGAAGAUCUUAAAGUUUGAUUAUUGUAAACAACUUAAGAAAACACCAAACUUUACUGGGGCACAUACUCUUGAAAAAGUAUCCUUUAGGUGGUGUUCAAAGUUGGUCAAGGUACACCCAUCAAUUGGAAGUUUGGAGAGACUUGUUGAGUUAGACAUGGAAGGUUGUAAUAUCAAAGAAUUCCAAUGCAGUAUGCAGCAUUUUAGAUGCUUGAGGAUCUUAAAGUUUGGUUAUUGUAAACAUCUUAAGAAAACACCAAACUUUACUGGGGCACAUACUCUUGAAAAAGUAUACUUUAUGUGGUGUUCAAAGUUGGUCAAGGUACACCCAUCAAUUGGAUGUUUGGAGAGACUUGUCAAGUUAAGUUUUAGCUGUUGCAAUAAACUCAAGGUUCUUCCAAGUAGCAUUUGCAAGUUAAAAUCACUUGAAUAUUUAUAUUUAAGUGAAUGCGAAAAACUGAGGGAGCUUCCAAUUGACUUGGGAAAAUUAGAGCAACUAAGAGAGUUACAUGCUUUUGGAACUGACAUCUCACAUAUACCAUUUUCUUUGGGAUGUUUGAGAAAUCUAAAGGAACUGGAUCUGGGUCAGCACACUGAGAGAUCACGUGAUGGUUCUGUUUUUUUUCCACCUUUAGUUGCAAAUUCGUGCUCCUUUGAAGUUAUUGAGAAUUUGACCUCAUUGGUAUAUUUAAGUUUAUCAGGAAGAAUUUGUAAUCUUCAAAGCUUAUCCUUUCACCUUUGUCAUCUUUCAAACUUGAAAGUUCUCUACUUGGAGGAUUUCCAAAAUCUUAGAGUACUCGUAGAACUUCCUCCUAGUUUGGUGAACCUCUUUGNU